GCCGUCGUCGGUAUAAACUCCGAGAGAAAUUGAUUAAUUACAACAAAACAAUGAAGAACUCCACCGCAUUAAUUACCGUCGCCGCCGUCGGAAUCCUCAGCUUCGCUUUCUCCGGCGUUAUUACCGCCCCCAUUAAGGAUGAUGCUCUAAGCCCCAAGGAAGUCGAUACCUGGUUCAGAAAAAUGGCCCACCGGCGGCCCGACCAGUUAUCCAAACUCCGGUUCUAUUUCCAGGGCCGGCUUGGCGGCAAGAACUCCACGUCGGUAGUCAUCGCCCACGGCAACGAGACGGCAUCAUCGCCUACGUACUUCGGUGCUUGGAUGGCGGCCGACAUUCCGCUAACAGUGACACCGGCGUUCUUGUCGAAGCGCGUGGGGUACGCAAGAGGGUUGUACGGCACGGCGUCGCAAGAGGAGGAGGCAUUGGUGUUCGCCGUGAUUUUUGUGUUCACCGAUGGGGACUUUAAUGGCAGCACGCUGUCGGUUUUAGGGCACAAUCCGUACCGGCACGCAUAUCGGGAGUUGCCAGUGGUGGGCGGCACGGGAUUUUUCCGGCUCGCCGUAGGGAUCUCCACCUGGAAGACGUACUUUUUCGACGCGGGGGCGGGGAGAGUCACGGUGGAGAUCAAUGUUCAAGUUCUGCAUUAUGGGGCAUGAGUUUGAUUUACAUAUUUAUAACAUACUAUUAACUAUGUAUGUAUGAAAUGUGAAUGAAUAAUUACAUGU